UCUUAUUUGCCUCUCCAUCUCAAAUUAAUUUCAACCAUGGGUUGUUGCUUCGGUAAAUUCAGUCUUAGGAAAGCAAAAAUUUCCACAGAAGAAUCAACCCAUGUUGAAGACAAGCUUGUCAUCUCACAAGCUUCCGAAAUUCCAACUCCAAUUCAUCUCUCAAACAAAAUUUCCCCGUCACCUCCUUCACCCCCCAGUUGUGCUUCUUCUGUUUCUUCCUUUACUUGCAGCACAGGCAACACCACUGAAUCAUGCUCGUCAAUCUCAACUGCUUCUUCCGUUUUGAGCUCCAAAGAUAGAUCUUUCUCCAAUGAGUUUCUUUGGGCUUGUGUCAAGGAGAAUCCACAUGUAGUUCGCAUUAAUUCCAUCAAGGAAGCUGCUCUUUCUUUAGCAACCUCUAAAGUUGAAGCUCAGAUGUUUGGCUCGCCUGCUAAGUCAUUUGUGGCUCCAACACUGAUCAGCCACUCAAUCCCACAAAGGAUUAAGGGUUCUACACCACAGAAGAUAGUCCGGCUAUCAGAGAAUAAACCAAGUACUCUUGUCCUGCGUCACCAGCCGAGAUCACCAGCUACUUUAACUCGACAAAAGAGCUUUUGUAUGGAGCCUGAGAGGCAGAAUUCUUCGUAUUCUUUGCCAAGUAGACCCUUGAGAUCACCAUCUCCCAGCAGGAGAUUCAGUACUGGUGAUAGUAACAGGGGAUUAUUAACAAAUACCCAUAUAGAAAGUUGUUCAAAGAGAAUAGUUGGUGCUAAGCUAAAUGGAAUAAAUUCAGUUUCCUCUUCGCUAAGAAGAGAAAAUUUUAGGCCUGCGAGUCCAAGCAACAAGAAUUCAAUGGGAUUGCGGGUUUGUAUGAGGAAUAGAGAAACAUGCACUUAUAGAAUUGGUUCUAAAAUUGAUGAAGUUGCAGCCAAAGAAGCAGUUGCUGAGCAGGAGAGUGAGUGCUUUCCCAUGGAGGACAUUGAUAAUCCUCUUAUCUCCCUGGAUUGUUUUAUUUUUCUGUAGAAAUUAAGAUUUGUGUGUGCAUGCAUGUUUAAUUUUGCUCAUAUUGUCCAUAGGAUUCUUGGUUUUUCAAUCUUUCUGAUUGUUUAUUUAAACUAUUCAUGUAUAGUUUUCAAAAGCAUAGAUAAAUUGGGAUCAAAUUCUGAUUGAUUUGUAGUUGAUUUGGCUGUAUUCCUCGUGCCUUCUGUGCUAAUUGAGGGCAUGUUAUAAUGUUUGCUGGUUUGAGAAAUUUUUGGUGGCAGAAGAAUAAAUUCAGUUCAGUAACUGAUAUUAUUAUGUUAGAUUUGGUUGAUGAUUCUAGCCAUAUUCAUUUCAAUUCUACUGUGGGACAAACAAACGCAUUUCACAAACCAUGCAUCUCAAUUCAUUGGGCCUUUCCAUACUAUCAAAUAGAAAACUGCAGGAACGCCAUAUUCUAGGAGCCUAGCUAGACGAUGUAA